CUCUCUCUCUCUCCCUCGCUCUCUCUCUCUCUCUCGCCUUUGAUCUGCUCCAUAACCAACCUACAUAACAACAGUCACGUCAUUUCCCCAGUGCGCGGAGGGGAGGGGAGUUUAUUGAGGGAAGCUGAUCAAAGUUUGUUGGCCUCCUGAGAGCUUCGACACAGCAGUCGCAGCAGACAGAGGCAAAGCAACGUCCACGGAACUUUUUGGGGGAAGCAAUAGUUCAGACUCUCUUUCAGUCUCUCUCAUUGCUCGAGCGACUGCCGGAAUGGAACACCUGUUGCUGUGCUGUGAAGUGGAGACCAUCCGGAGAGCUUACCAAGACUCGAACCUGCUCAACGACAGAGUUCUGCAGACCAUGCUAAAAGCGGAAGACAAUUAUCUCCCCGCAACGAACUACUUCAAAUGUGUACAGAAAGAGAUUGUACCCUGCAUGAGGAGAAUUGUUGCUACGUGGAUGCUGGAGGUCUGUGAGGAACAGAAAUGCGAAGAGGAGGUUUUUCCCCUAGCUAUGAAUUUUCUAGACAGAUAUUUGUCUGUUGAACCCACAAAGAAGACUCGACUACAGUUAUUGGGCGCUACAUGCAUGUUUCUGGCGUCUAAAAUGAAGGAGACCAUUCCUCUAACAGCUGUGAAGUUGUGCAUAUACACAGACAAUUCCAUCCGGACGGGCGAGUUGCUGCAAAUGGAACUACUGGUAUUGAACAAGCUGAAAUGGGAUCUAGCCUCAGUUACUCCGCACGAUUUCAUAGACCACUUCCUCUCCAAGCUACCCAUCCAUCAGGACACCAAGCAAAUCCUGUGCAAGCAUGCCCAGACCUUUGUGGCCCUCUGUGCUACAGAUGUCAAAUUCAUUGCCAACCCUCCGUCAAUGAUCGCAGCGGGCAGUGUGGCGGCUGCUGUCCAGGGGCUGAAUCUGAAGAGCAUGGACGAUGCACUGUCAUCCCAGCAACUCACUGACUUCCUGUCUCAAGUCAUCAGAAGUGACCCGGAUUGUCUACGGGCAUGUCAAGAACAGAUCGAGUCCUUAUUGGAGACCAGUCUCCGUCAGGCACAACAACACACUGUUUCCAUUGACACCAAGAGCAUGGAUGAGGAGGUCGACCUGUCGUGCACGCCAACGGACGUUAGAGAUGUGAACAUCUGAGUUGGACAGCCUUUUCUGGUGCUCACUAAGCAGAAGCCAUGGAUGGAGGAUAGGGCUUCGGGGAUAGAAGAGAACGCGCUGAUUGACACUGUCUCAGCAGCACCGCUCCCACUGACUGCGCUCUCACCUACUCGCACACCUGUGCUCGUAGCAUAGGGUCUGGCCUGAACAUCCUGUCUGGCUCCUAACAGGUGUUGUAAGGGAUCAGCCCGGGCUUCAUGCGUACACUUGCUCUCUGUCCCCUCACUGGUUUGAGGCAGCAUCAAUUGGGCAUGGUUCCCAUUAUGUAUUUUAGACGAAAACAAACUUGAAUAAGAAAAAAAAAGAAAUGUAGUGCUGUAUGUACAACAGAAUAGACAACUAGAGAAUAAUGAACUAGGUAUUUUUGUUGUUGUUUGGACAGAUUGAGCAUGAUACACCUGCAAUUUCUCACGUAAAAAAGCUAGUCCUGAGUUGUUUGAUGACAUAGGCGUUUUAUGGUAUGGUAAACCCAUUUCUAAUGGAGGGGCGUUUUUGUUGUCCCUGGUUAGUUUGGUGUGGCCAUGCUUGCCUCAACAUUUAACCAACUUUGAGAUAUUGUUUUGAAAAUCAGUCUUCUAAUCUCCUCUUCUUUUUUUUAUGGAGAAUGUAACCGUACAAUGUUAAUUUGUUUAGCGUACUUAAGGCCUCUAUUCAAUCCAUAUCGCGGAAGUUCAGCGUUACGACAGGAUGGAAAUUGAAAGGCAAUGUUCCCGCGUUAGCAGAGACUGCAUUAACUGUAAACUCUGCGUAUGUCGGCUUAAUCGGAAAUGACCUUUACAUCUUCGAUCGCGCAAUCUGUAACGCUUCAGCGAUACUCAUUGAAUAGAGCCUUUAUUCAAUUGUCAUCAGAGGUCUGUGGAUUUACCUAGGCCUCUGUCCUAACUGCUAACACACUGCUUUCCAGAGACAGCAAGCUAACCAGUGAAGUACAGCUACUUCAAAAUAUCUGCAGGACGUCUAGAUCACAUUAUACUGAAUGCUUGCAACAUUGCAUUCUGCGACAGAAUAAUUAGCUAGCUGUCCUGUUUGUUCUCUCUAUGUAAGCUAACGUAGUCCACAGUCUUUAUCGAAUUGUAAUUCUGUCUUACUAUCUAAAAACCAUUCCAUCAAAAAAAGCACUUUGGGUCAAUAACUCCUUACUGCCUAUUUUGAGAAGAACCAUGUGGGACAUGACGUAACAUAAUGGAAUGGUUUGGGAACAAUGUCAGCUUCUGGGAUGAAGAGUGUUUCUUAACAUGGUGUUAUGUGGGAAUGGCAGGACAUAUUAGAAUGUUUUGGGCAAAUCUAAUCUAUUUGUCUAGCUAAAAUACCUGGACCCCAUCUUUCCGACAUCUUAGUAGUAAAGACAGUGAAAAAUGGUGGUCCCAUCCACGCAAGAAGGCACCUAUCUACCUAUUCUCCUCAUGACAGUUGAUAACAGACUUUUCUAACAGCUUGAAUUGCAUCUGAGGCUUGUAAUUUGUAGUUACACUAAGAACUAUUUAUUGCAGAGUAUUCUCUUUUCAAGGCCAGUGUGGAUCAUGAUGACAGAAGCUAUUUCAUAUAUGUAAAUAUUUCAAAACAUUCAAUUCAGAGUUGCAAAUACAUUUUUUUACAAAUAUGUGUAAUUUCAUCCAAUCAAAAUACAACAUUUUGGCCCUACUUUGAAAGGCAUAUGAAGUAAAAGUACACUCAAAGUAUUGCUUUGAAAUCAUUGCAUUGGCUUAGUGUACUGAAUGUUAUUAAGGAAAAACUAGAAUUCAAAAGAGGAAUGUCUCAAAUCUUCCCUUGUCAUCAAAUGAAAAAUUGAAAAGGCUUUGAAAUCAUUUUGCACAUAUUCAAAGAUGUCUUUUGCGUAUUGUUGAAGCUGGAAGAAAUAACUGAAGUUGCUAUGGGGUUGCGAGGGGAGUGAUGGGGGGCAUAAGGUAUGUGGGCAAACGGUUUGAUUGUACAGUGACAGAAAAAAAAUGUUAACACUCCUAACAACAAGCUGCUAUGGAGGAAUAUUCCCAGCAAAGUUGCAUGACUUUAAAUGAAAUGAAAAUGAAAAGAAAAACAAUCCUUUUUUUUUCUCAAAGUGUUUGCUGCUAUUUUGUGGAUAUUUGUUUUAGUUAAAUGUCAAUAUACUGCCAUGUAAUAGAAUUUCUCAUAGAAAAUGAUGAUAUUAUUGACAUUGUCAUUUGUAGUGUAUUGGUAUGUGAUCAGAUUUUUCUUACUAUGUUUUAUGAUUUCUGCUCUAUUCCAAAAAAGAAAAAAAGAAAACGUAAAAAAAUAGAGCUCCUGUUUCCUUCACUAUACCUCAUGCUACAGACAAAAAUAUCUGAUUAUUUCGUCUGAGUUUUACUUUAAUUCUGACUGUAUCUUUUUUUUUUCAUUUGUCUGUCCAUUUUGAAAAUUUGAAUACUAUUAUCCAAAUGGGUCCUUCAGGGAGCUAGUAGAAAGCAUUGAUUGAACCUGGUGACAUAACAACCAACCUGAUGUUAGAAAGUUGUUAUAACUAGUUUAAAACACCUUUAUAACUCCUUUUUAAGCUGUUUCAUUAAAAGAGACUAUCCCCCAUUAGGCCGUUGAUGGCCCUUAUAUAUAUAUAUAUAUAUUUAUAAAGCUUUUGUACAAAUUGAAAACAGAUUUUUGUAAAUGGCAUGUUUACCUAUUAAGCCAUAGGUUGUUUUCUGAUAGCGAUUUAACACCGUUUUGAUAAAAAAAAAAUGUACCUCAUGUCAUCAGCUCGAAACGACCAGAGACAUGAUGUUAUCAAUCAUGUGUUUUUGCUGCAGCACAAUAAAAAAUUAAUAACCCUAAA